UUGAACGCGAGGAGGCCCCAGAAACGAAAGCGGCGGCGGCGGCGGGUCCCCGGGCCCCCCCCCGAUCUCCCGGGGUCUCCCCGGUCCCCUACGGUUGCAGCGGCUUUGUCACCUCGCUCUGAUGCUCAGCAGGUACGUGGCGAGCUAGGACACAGCAGCUCCAUGGCACCUCCUUCCCCUGGCAUCACCUCGUAGGACCUUCCCGCUGCUACUUUUGCUCCGCCGAAGCUACAGUGCCAAAGAUGCCGACGGCGACCGGCCCGGCGGUGCCACUGGACAAGCUCCAGGAGCGCCUGAAGCUGCGCCUGGCCUGCUCCAAGUGCAGCGUGAGAGAGAACGAGACCACCUACCAGCUGCAGGAGGUGGAGCACAACUGCACCUACGAGAUCCUGCUGGCUCGCCGCCACCGCAAGCGCCGCUGGAGGAAGAUCUCCCGGCGGCCAGGCUUCCCCACCCCUGCCCGCUACUCCGUCUGCAAGUACUACCAGGCGGGAGUGGGCUGCAGCAAGCACCCGACCCCCUGCUCCUUCGCCUGGAGCCGCGAGGAGGCGGCGGUCUGGAACUUCGAGCGGCAGCAGCAGGUGGAGCGGCGCUGGCUGAAGGCUGCCGUGCUGCAGGCGCAGCUCGGGGGCGACCCAGGUGCCGGCCCGCGGGGCCCGAGCAGCGUGGCCGAGGAGAUCAUCAGCGAGUUCGGGGGCCAGUUCCAGGAGGUCUGCAAGCCUUGCUUCUUCGGCUGCCCGCAGCGCAUCUCGGAGGAGGGCGGGGGGCGGCUGUGCCAGUUUCACAGCCGCUGGGACCCGCUGCUGGUGCAGGCGGUGUCGGACGGCCGCAGGAAGAAGCAGUACACGGCCAUCCGGCCCUGCCCCGAGUUCAGGUCCACCUUCAGCUACUGCAGGUUUGUCUCCAGGGGCCAGCUCUGCAAGCAGGGCCUGCAGCGGUGCCGUUAUGCCCACAGCGACCUGGAGAUGGCCGUCUGGGAGGCCGAGAGGGAGCAGGGCUUGCUGCGCUCCGACCUGCUGCCGCCCGCCGACGGCUGCGGCACCAACGGCGAGCCGCUGGCGCCCGCUCCAGCCCACUUCUACUGUCGGCUCUGCCUGGUGACCUUCAGCUCGCAGGAGAGCUUCGAGAGCCACUGCUCCUCCGUGGAGCACAGGCAGAUGCUGUUGGACGACACCUCCAUCCAGUGGGUCCAUCGCGCACCGCCGCUGGGGCUGACCUCGUUCUCGCUGUGCAGCAAGAUGGAGAUGUGUGAGAUGGGGAAGAGCUGCACCAAGGCUCAUUCGGCUGAGGAGCUGCAGGAGUGGAUCCAGAGGGUGAAGAUCAAAGACAAGAAGAAGAAGCAAGCGCUGAAGGAAGGGCUCCUGUCCUACCAGGAUCGGCUGCUCAACGAGUAUCAGACCUGCUCCAACGAGGUGUUGAUUAUGGCUGAGCAAAUCAAGGGGGUGAAAGUGGUGUGUGAGCAGGACCUGCACGUGCAGUUGGACAGGAAGAAAAGUUACCAGUGGAAGUUCAAGGUCUUCUCUCAGAAGCCUCUGCAGCACGUGGCGCUCCUCAAGCGAGAGCCUGGAGCCCAUUUCUACUUCGUGAGCCAUGGAGCUUCCGAAGCCCUCUACUACAUGUGCGGGGACCAGGUGCCCGUGCUGCUCUCCAAGCCCCGCGCCGCGCUGGUGGAGGUCCACAUGGACUGCUGCACCCUGGGCAUCUUCGAGCAGUGGGUGGCCUUCGACUUCGGCAGCCGCCCCGUGCUCCUGCAGAAGAUGAGGGUGAAGGUGGGCAGGAGAGAUGCCCCCCAGCACCUGCCUGGCAGCUGGGAGGAUGCCCGGCCCGUCGACAUCGUGCGCUGGCACCGCGGCAACCGCAUCGUCGUGUCCAGCGUGACGAGGACCAGCGAGGACAUGGAACUGCUGGCCAAGUACAAGCCUCCUGCCCUCGCGCUGGACUACAGGGGGGAGGGUGGCACGACCCUGCCCAUCACCCGCCUCAACUACCGCCAGAGGAUGCACAGCUUCCUCUUCAGCGAGGAAGAAGCGGAGCAGGCUCUGGUUGCCAAACUCAACUUGCGGGUCCUCAUCUCGCUGACCUCCAUGCUGCAGAACCUCUCCUUGGGGAUGAAGAUUGCCCUGCCCGGGGAGCUCUUUGCUGAAGUGCCUACCCCAUACAACCUCUCUCCAGACACAGACGAGGGCUACCUGCUGACCAGGUCUGCGCCCACCGCCUUCCUGGCGCUCGACCCGCCCGUGGACAAGCGGGUCUACGAGGUUCUGGUGGAGCACAAGGCCACCACCGAGAAGACCAUCUGGCUGCAGAUCCCAGAGAGGUGCUGCUCGGACCUGAGCUUCCAGGCCAACACUUCCCACAGGGUGGAGAUCCAGUUCCAGAUUGACCAGCUGCUCUUUCGGCACUGGCACCAAGCCGUGGACCAGCUGCUGGAUGAGAAGCUGGUCCUGCCAGAUGUUGCCAGCUGCUCUAUCCCCUACUCGCUUGGCUCACCGCAGUGUGGCAACGUCAAGCAGAAACAAGCCAUCUCCUUCAUCACGGGCCAGACCACCAGCAGCAGGCAGGUCCCACCUCUCCUCAUCUAUGGGCCUUUUGGCACAGGGAAGACCUUCACCUUGGCCAUGGCCACCCUGGAGAUCCUCAGGCAGCGCAACGCACGGGUGCUGAUCUGCACUCACACUAACAGCGCUGCAGACAUCUACAUCCGGGAGUACUUCCACGAGUACGUGACCAACGGGCACCCCUGGGCAGUGCCCCUCAGGAUCAUCUCCCCCGACCGCCUGGUCUGCCUGACCGACUCCACCACGCAGAUGUACUGCUGCCUGUCCGACGACCUGCGCUCCUUCCGCCCCCCCACGCGGGCAGAGAUCGACAGGCACCAGAUCAUCAUCACCACCUCCACCCUCUCCAAGCACCUGAAGGUCCCCCGGGGCUACUUCAGCCACAUCAUGAUCGACGAAGCCGCCCAGAUGCUGGAGUGCGAAGCUCUGAUCCCGCUCUCCUAUGCCACGCUGGAGACCCGCAUCGUGCUGGCUGGGGACCACAUGCAGGUCACCCCCAAGCUCUUCUGCGUCAAGGAUGGGCAGUCUGCUGACCACACCCUGCUCAACAGGCUCUUCCAGUUCUACCAGAGGGAGAAGCACGAGGUGGCCAAGAAGAGCAGGAUCAUCUUCAACGAGAACUAUCGCUCCACCGCGGGCAUCAUCGAGUUCGUCUCCAAGCAGUUCUACGUUGGCAAAGGCGGUGCCAUCCAAGCCAGUGGCAAUAUCCCACCCCACCCUGAAAUGUACCCACUCAUGUUCUGCCACGUGCCUGGCAUGGCUGAGAAGGACAUCUCCAUGAUCUCCUGGUACAACACCUCUGAGAUCAUGCAAGUGACUGAGAAGGUGAAGGAGAUCUUUGAGAGGUGGCCGGAGGAGUGGGGUGCCCCAGAGCUGAAGAAGAUCUGUGUGGUCUCCCACGGGAGGCAGGUCUCUGCGAUGAGACAGGAGCUGAGGAGGAAGCACUUCCAAGAUGUGGUGGUAGAGAACUACGAGAACUUGCCAGGGCGGGAGUUCCGCGUCAUCAUCCUCAGCACGGUGCACACCACCAAGAGCCUCCACCUCGCGGCCUCGGACCACUUGGAGUUCUUCAACGAAGCCAGGGUGCUCAACACCGUCAUGACCCGGGCCCAGUCGCUGGUGGUGGCGGUGGGGGACGCCGUGGCCUUGUGCUCCCACGGGCAGUGCAGCAAGGUGUGGAAGCGCUUCAUCCAGCAGUGCAUCGAGAAGGGCAGCAUCUCCCCGGAGACCCUCACCAUGGCCCAGAUCAAGCAGGCUGCCUGCGACAAGGAGAGCUGGAGCAGGAGGAGGAGCCCAGAGCGGCGCCAGGAGGACAGCGACACCGAUUCCUCCGGUUCUGAGUCCGAGAGCAUCAAUCCCGAGGAUCCCAUCCUGCAGGAGCUCUUGGAUGAGAGCAAUAACGUGCUGGUGACGGUGUCCGAAGAAGGGCUGCUGAACGUCAAGUCUGAGGCGUCAAACCCCUGUCAGGACAGGAAGGAAUACCUCAGCUUCACCCCUCAGAUGAUGCAGCAGUACCUGCGCAUGCACCCCAAAAUGUACAAGAGGUGCGAGCUGAUCAAGGAGUGGUUCGACAAAGCUUCUGCCUUCACCCUCGACCCCCCGGGCAUGACCAUCCAGAUCAAAGGCAGAGUCAACUGCGGGACAGCCUUCACCGGGGACGAGGUGCUGGUGGAACUCCUCCAGAGCAGCACGGCUGACGGCGGUAGCCACCACCCUCAGGGGAAGGUGGUGGGCGUCUUCAGGCGUGCCGAGAUAGAGCGGACCUUCAUCUGCAUGAUGGACGAGUUCGACCCCCGGGUGAUGAUACCCAUCGACCACACCGUCACCAAGAUCUUCGUCCCGGGGCUGAAGGAGAAGCCCAACGCCAUCCCCAUCCGCAAGCUGGUCCACGGCAAGUACAACGUGGUCAGAUGUGAGAAGAUCAGGCAGGACAAGAGGCAGUGCCAGAUCUUCUGCGUCCGGGUUAUCUCGUGGCGGGAAGGCUUCUACUACCCCCUGGGGGUGGUAACGGAGGUGCUGCACAUGGCGCUGACUUUGGAGGAAGGCUUGAAGAUCCUGGACCUGGAUUACGAUUUGAAGAGGAGCUACCCAGCUGCUGUCACUAAGGAGUUGAGCAGCUACGCCUCCAGCAGCAAAGUCAACCUCAGCAAGGAGAAGCGGCAGGACUGCCGGCAUUACAGGACCUUCACAGUCGACCCCCAAGGCGCCAGGGAUUUGGACGACGCCAUCAGCGUCAGGGACCUGGGAUCGCGCUAUGAGAUCGGGGUCCACAUUGCAGAUGUUGCCGGCGUCAUUCCCAAAGGCAGUGCCUUGGACCAGGAGGCCAAGAGGCGGGGAGUCACCUACUAUGCUCCCAACCAGGAGCCCGUGUGCAUGUUCCCACCGCACAUCAGCCACGACGCCUGCAGCCUGCUGCCGGAGAGGGAGCGCCGGGCGAUCUCCUUGUUUGUCACCGUCCAGAAGAGCAACAACGAGAUGCUGGAGAGCAUCUUUGCCACCUCCGUGAUCCGCUCGGAGAGGCAGCUGUCCUACGAAGAGGCAGAGCGCUGCAUUAGGGAGCACUACAAGGGGGAAGCAGGGCCCCUUUGCUUUGGCACCCUGGAGGACUGCGUAGCUGUGGCCUACCACUUCUCCAGGGUCCACCGGAAGUAUCGGCUGCAGGACGACUGCUUCUAUGAGCGGUUGGAUGAGGAGAUCUCCCCAGGCAACAGAGGAGCCCAUCAGAUGAUAGAGGAGUUAAUGAUCAUGUUCAACAGUUUUGUGGCCGAGUUCCUCACCAACCAGGAGGACACCAGAAGCGUCACUCCUCUGCGGUGUCAGUGCGAGCCCUGCCCUCAGCAGAUCGCGCACAUGAGAAACAGGUGCAGCCACCUCCUGCCUUUGUCCAUCCACCUCUCGCACCACCUGGGGCAGCUGCUUCCCGACGAAGACUACCCUCCAGACCUGCCUCCUGACGAAAACUACCCUCCAGACCUGCCUCCCGACGAAGACUGCCCUCCAGACCUGCCUCCUGACGAAGACUACCCUCCAGACCUGCCUCCCGACCAAGACUGCCCUCCAGACCUGCCUCCCGACCAAGACUGCCCUCCAGACCUGCCUCCCGAUGAAGACUGCCCUCCAGACCUGCCUCCCGAUGAAGACCGCCCUCCAGAUCUGCCUCCCGAUGAAGACUGCCCUCCAUACGUGGAGUUCUCUCUCCUGGCCUCCGUCUGGGAGCACUUGCAGUUGGCCGCCAAAGUGCGUGACUUCAGCAAGAUGCUGGACCUGGUGGUCACCGACGACAUCCACCCCACGCUGGCCCCCGUGGCCCUGGAGUUCAGGAGGCUGCUGAGCCGCUCCUAUUUCAGCCGCUCCAACUCCAGCGUGCAGUCAAAAGCUGGCCACUACUCCCUGCACGUCGACUCCUACACCUGGGCAUCCUCGCCCAUCCGGCGCUACGUGGACGUGGUGGUGCAGCGGCACCUCCACGCCGCGCUCCGCAGGCAGCCCAUCCUCUACUCUGCCGCCGACAUCGAGCUCCUCUGCCACGACUUCAACAGGAAGAGCUCCCAGGCCACCAUGUACGAGAAGAAAGCUCGCUACCUGCAGAUGGCCACCCAGCUGAAGAGGCAGGCCCUGCAGAAGUUCGCCUUCGUGGUGGACGUCGAAGGCAGCAGCAACUACUUCCAAGUCUUGUUUCCGAUGAACAAAGAGACCAUUCCAGACCCUCAGAAGAUCAGCUACAGGUCCCUCCAUCUGAUGGAGCAGCCCCUGUUCAUCGAGGAGGGGAACAGCGUCGUGUUGACGUGGAAGAGGAGGAUGUACUCUGUCAGUACCUUUAAGGCGCACUGCCUGCAGGAAGGAGCUCUCCUUGACCACAGCGUCACUCUGACCAACACUCAAACUUGGCAGGACUUGUUGGCAGCCAUCAGGAGGGAGAAUUUUGAGGCUGCUGCCACCAGCCUCUUAGAAAAGAAGGAGAAGGUGUACCAAAAACACUUGGGCAUGGUGAGGAAGAGUGACUGCUUGCACUACGUGGAGCUGAUCCUGGAGCUAUGCGCCGGGGACACGCUGCGCUUCCAGCUCACCACCGACGUCCACCGAGGCUUCCUGGUGCCCUUCGUGCAGCUGUGGUGCGUGACGCCAGGCUUCGACGUCUGCCUCCAGCACGCCGACAAGCCCAUCGAGUGCUUCUCGGCCUGUGCCACCCUGCCAUCCAAGGCCCACUACCAGGACGCCCUGGAGUACUCCAAGGUGUGGCUGCCCAUGAGCUCCAUGGAGUCGACGCUGUGCGCCGUGGCCGAAAACGAGUCCAUUGUCCUCCACGAUGUCCCCAUCGUCUGGGCACGGCCAAGGACAAGCCGAGAAAAGCUGCAGGGGAGAUUCACCCUCACCAAGGAGUGCUUGGACGAGUGCUCCAUCCAGGUGGACUUCAACAACUGCUUUUUGUGCAUUCGCUCAGGUGGGCUGGAGCUGGAGAACCCUCAGAGCGAGGAGGAAUGCCUCAGCCAGGGCCUCCAGAAUCUGACUUUCUGUAACAAGGGCAGGGCAGAGAGCAAGUUUGAGGUCGACCCAAACACCUACACCUGGGUGGCUCAUGGCGUCAGCGAAGAGUUUGGUGGCAGUCAGAAGCUGGACAGGUCCUCUGAGCAGAUUGUGAACUUUUCCAUCCACCACAUGUCCAUGGAGAACAUCCCCGAGAAGAUCUUCCACUCUUCUGCCAGCUUCACAGUGGAGCUCAUCCCAAAGAUGCUGCCGGAUGUGCGGAAAGAAAAGGCAAUCUGGAAGCUCAGGUUUGCUUCUCAGCUUGCCAAGAGCAUUGCCCUUGGCCACGACCCUCCUAGGAGAGAGCCCAGGCCCCGCAUCCUGCAGCAGGCAUCCUUUGGCAUCCCUAACGGAAGAACUCUCAACCAGAGCCAGACCCAGGCUGUGCUGCGUGCUCUGAAAGAACCUUUCACAGUCAUCCAGGGCCCUCCAGGCACAGGGAAGACAGUGGUUGGCAGCCACAUUGUCUACUGGUUCCACCAGCUGAACCAGGACAACUCUGAGGGGCCACCGAGCUCUCCAGACGAAGAGGAGCUGGGGAGGAAGUGUGUCCUGUACUGUGGCCCCUCCAACAAGUCUGUCGAUGUCGUUGCUGCGAUGCUGCUGCACACAUAUAGUCUGAAGCCCCUGAGGGUCUACGGGGAGGCCAUCGAGGCCAUGGAGUACCCAUACCCAGGCAGCAACCGGCACCUCUGCUGCAGGACCCUGCGCGACACCAAGCCCAAGCAGGAGCUCAGUAACAUCAUCCUGCACCACCGCAUCCGGUGCCCACCCAACCCCUACUGGCAGAGGAUCUGUGACUUCGACGCCCGUGUGCGGAGGGGAGAGGAGAUCACGGAGCAAGAAACAAAGAGGCACAAAAAGACCUUGACAGCUGCUCGUAAAUACGAGCUGGAGAAACACGAUGUCAUCCUCUGCACCUGCUCUGCUGCUUCUGCCCCCUCCCUGGAGAAGCUCAACAUCAGGCAGGUCAUCAUUGAUGAGUGUGCCAUGGCCACAGAGCCCGAGACCCUCAUCCCCUUGGUCACCCACAGCUAUGCUGAAAAGGUUGUUUUGCUUGGGGAUCACAAACAGCUGCAGCCUGUGGUCAAACAUGACCUCUGCAAGACCCUUGGCAUGGAAACCUCUCUCUUUGAGCGCUACCAGGCACAGGCUUUGAUGCUGGACACUCAGUACCGCAUGCACAAGAACAUUUGUGAGUUCCCAUCCCAGGAGUUUUAUGAAGGGAGGCUGAAAACUUCACCCCAGCUGAAUCCCAGUCCCAGCGCCUUCUGCCACAGGGACAGCACCUCCUGCCCCAUCAUCUUUGGGCACGUGGAGGGGAAGGAGCAGAGCCUCAUUGUUUCCACUGAAGAAGGGAAUGAGAACUCCAGAGCUAACCUGGAAGAAGCAGAGCAUGCGGUGCGGCUGGCGAAGCAGCUGGCACUAGAUGGCGCCAUCGGGCCGCAGAACGUCGCCAUCCUCACCCCCUACAACGCUCAAGUGGCAGAGAUCAACAAGAGGCUCCAGGAGCACGGCAUGUUCAGGGUGACUGUCUGCACCAUCAUGAAGAGCCAAGGCAGCGAGUGGCGCUACGUGAUCCUGUCCACCGUGCGCUCCUGCCCCCGCUCCGACAUCGACUACAAGCCCACCAAGAGCUGGCUGAGUAAGUACCUGGGCUUUGUGGCCAACCCAAACCAGAUCAAUGUGGCCAUCACACGAGCUCAGGAAGGACUCUGCAUCAUAGGGAACCGCUACCUGCUGGAGUGCAACCCUUUGUGGAGGAGACUUCUGCAGCACUACAGGCAGCGCAACUGCCUCACAGCAGCCCGCAAUAUCGACGUGAGGAGGACUCCACCCCCAAGAUAAUCCUUCUCUACCUGAAUGUGUGCCUUGGGAAGGAGGCAACCUUUCCAUGAUGCACUGCCCUGUGGAGCCAAGGACAAGGGGGGGAGCUGGGAUCUUCCCCUGUGUGGUGCCAGCUCCAGCGCCCGCUGUGGCAUCUCGAGGGCUGGGGUUUGAAUCAGGGCAGCCUUGGACACAGGAACUUCCAUGCUCUAACCAACCAAGAAAGGCAUGGGGCAUGGCUGGCUGGGACUGCCUGUCUCAUGGUGAGAUGCUCAGCAGAGCCCCAUCCUAACCCACCCCCCCCCAGCAGCUGCGCUGUGAGGACCAAGGUCCAGUUGUCAAGGCUGGGAGCAACCACACUCAGCAGAGCCAAGCAGCAAGAUGCCACUCACCACAGAGGACCAAGGCUCCUGGGUGCCUCCACUCAGAUGCAAACCUAAGGCCAGGGGAGCUUUCUUUUUUAAUGCUUCUCAUUGCUCCAAGCAGAAAACCAACAUGGGGUUUGGGUUUGGUUUUAGAAACGAAGGAAGCAAGCAAAAGAGACCCCCCCCCAGGUACCUCUUCCUUUGUCUGACUCUCUGAGCAUGUGAAUGCCUCAGAGCCAAGGCCAAGCUGGGCUUGUGAACAGCUUCAUUUCUCCUCUCUACAAAGGAGAUUGUCCUUAGCAGUGUGAAAUGCAUGAGGAGCAAGGACAGCUCCUGCCAGGAGAAGCUGGAAUUGGUAGGCAGAUUUGAAGCCCUUCUGGGGUUCAGUUGAGUUCUCCUCUCAGAGCUCCCCUCCCCCCUCUGGUUUUUUCCCUACCCCAUAUAUAUACACACACUUUUUUUUAAAAAAGCUGCUGAUAAUUUAUUGGUUUUUACCUUCUGUGCAUUCAUGUCCCAGUCUCAGGGGCUGAGCUUUGAAGGGAGGUGCUGGGACAGCUGAGGAAUGGCUCACAGCCUCCUCUGGAGGCUGUCACAACUCACCUGGACGUGGUGAUCCUGGGGCAAGCUGCUGUGGGCUGCCCCUUGCUCUAGCAGGGGGGGUUGGACUGGCUGAUCUCUGGCUGAUCUCCAGAGCUCCCUUCCAAGCCCCAGCACGCUGAGGGGAGGGGGCUGGAAUAUGUCUGUAUCAUGGAUUUGGAAUCUGAAGCAGCCAAGCUGCUGUGAAGUGGAAGCUGUGUGGUCAGAAGGCUGCUUUAGCCUGGCCACAUCUGGCUGCUGCAGGUGUGGAGCAGCCCAGUGGUGCUCUCUGCUGAGCCAUGGAGCUGCCUUUGGGUGGUCCUUGUGAGGGAGAGCUGCCUCCUCCCUCUGCUCUGAAUGUAUGAAGUGCCUGCUGCAGCUCUGCCCAAGCCCACAUGCUUGGCUGGCUCUAGAUGUCCACAUGGGAUGAAGCCAAGGGGCAAUGCAGGCUCUCAACCCUCCCUCCUUGGCCAGUGUGAGAGGUCCCCAUGAUCUUCCCAGGGCUGUGGCAGGCAUGGGUUUGGUCCUGUGUUUGCCACUGGCUCUUGCCAGGGUGAAGGAAGUAUGCAAUAAGAAAGCCUUGUGUCUGGAGAAGUCCUUCCUCAGUGCUGUGGUUCUUCUGCUGACUCUCUGGUAGCCCUGACUCAAGACCUUCUGGAGGAGCUGGGCUGCUCUCUUCCUUAUUUGAAGCUCUCUUCCUGCUCUUCUGCACUGGCUGGGUGGGAUCUGUAGGCUAGAACCCACCCAGCCUUGCUCUUGUCUUAGGCUGGUGAUUCCACCAGGGCCAGAACCCCCUUGGAAGUGCCUCCUGCUGGUUCUAAAGGUGCCUGAUCAAAGCUGGACGAGGAAACAAAGUUCCUUGUGCCCCUCAGAAGUCAUCCCAGGUGGGAUCCUGAAAGGUGCUGACUUGGCAGAGGUGGCUGCCAUGCCAAAAGGAGCUUGGGUGGGGAUCCUUCUGAGGCCUGCUGCAAUGCACUCACCUAUCUCCAAGGAGGACUGUGGAGAGCUGCAAAAGGUGCUGGAGAACUUCAGCAUGGUGCCAGCAGCCUUCUACCCAAGCCACCUUGGUCCCUCUAGAAGCAGUGGCUCCUGUUUUUAUGGUCUGAUGUGUGUGGAGAGCUGCAAAAGGUGCUGGAGAACUUCAGCAUGGUGCCAGCAGCCUUCUACCAAGUCCACCUUGGUCCCUCUAGAAGCAGUGGCUCCUGGUUUUGUGAUCUAAUGUGUGUGGAGAGUCCUGUCCCUGUUGGCUGGGUUGGUUUUCUGCUCAUUUCAUGACUUGGGGCACACCUGCAGCUUCCUCCCCAACUCCUCCAAGUGGAGUGGCUCAGUCCAGCACUCCUGGAGGAAGGGUUUGGGCCAUGUGUUUGCAAAGAGCAAGAGAAAGAGCUCACAAAACAUCUCAGUGAGGGGAAAAAAGGCCUUGACAGUUACUGCUUGGAAGGUAAAGGCCAACCUGAAAUGCUUUGCUUGGCCACCUCUGUGCUGCAAGAUGCUGGGUUUGGGUUGUUUUUUUUCCUCACCCCUCUGAAGAUGCAUUUUGUAACUGAUGGUUGGAAAAUGCUGCCCUAGGCCAGCCAAGCAGCAGGAAGAGCCAAGCUGGGCUCUCAGCAGGUACCUGCAGAGGUGGUGGUGGAGCAGCAGCAGUCAGGGGCAGAGGAAAGUGCAAUUAACUCAACGUUUCCUAGGCUGUUGGUGAGAGCUGAGUGUUGUCUUCUUGCCUUUGUGCUCAUGGGUGGAGAGAGCCCCAGGAUGAAAGCAGCUCAGAGCAGCCUGGUCUGGUCUGCAGAGAGAGCUCUGAAAUGCCUUUGGGAAGAGUUGGAUGUUCAAGCACAUCUUUACUUCAUUUGCAAAGCCCCAAACCUGCAGCAGGAAGCCCCUUGGCAGCAUGGUGCACAGAGCAUGUCCCAUCACAGGCUCUGCCCUCAGCUCACAGACAGCAGCAGCAGUGCUGGAGGACACAAACCUGCCUCAUCCAAGAGGAUCACUUCAGUUCCUAGAGCUAGCUAGGAGCAAGUCUCAGCCUGGGCUGAUCCCUGUGGCUGUGGAGUGCUCCUGAGCCCAGCAGGAGCAAGUCUCAGCACGUGGCUGCAGAGCCCUGAGUGCUCCUGAGCCCAGCAGGAGCAAGCCUUAGCCUGGGCUGAUCCCUGUGGCUGCAGAGUGCUCCUGAGCCCACCAGGAGAAAAUCUCCUAGUGGGCUGAUCCCUAUAGAUGCAGAGCCCUGAGUGCUGCUGAGCCCAGCAGGAGCAAGCCUCAGCCCUGUGACUGCUGAGCCCAGCAGGAGCAAGCCUCAGCCCUGUGACUGCUGAGCCCACCAGGAGCAAGCCUCAGCCCUGUGGCUGCUGAGCCCAGCAGGAGCAAGCCUCAGCCCUGUGACUGCUGAGCCCACCAGGAGCAAGCCUCAGCCCUGUGGCUGCUGAGCCCACCAGGAGCAAGCCUCAGCCCUGUGGCUGCUGAGCCCACCAGGAGCAAGCCUCAGCCCUGUGGCUGCUGAGCCCACCAGGAGCAAGCUUCAGCCCUGUGACUGCUGAGCCCACCAGGAGCAAGUCUUAGCCUUGUGGCUGCAGAGCCCUGAGUGCUCCUGAGCCCACCAGGAGCAAGCCUUAGCCUGGGCUGAUCCCUGUGGCUGCAGAGUGCUCCUGAGCCCAGCAGGGGCAAGCCUUAGCCUGGACUGAUCCCUGUGGCUGCAGAGUGCUCCUGAGCCCAGCAGGGGCAAGCCUCAGCCCUGUGGCUGCAGAGCCCUGAGUGCUGCUGGGGAUGGAGGUGGACUUGCAGAGAUCUAGGAGGAGCAAUCCUCUGCUUGGCUUCAGCAAGGGCUAGUUUGGAGGGUUUGGAGAGAUCUGUGUAGGACAAUCAACUACUGCAAUAAAUUGGUCUUCAUUCAGUGUACUUUUUGGGGGGGGGUCAUCAAGUGUGACUGAAGGACCUGGAGGCUUGGCAGGUUUUUACCUUUUCUAUCUCUCUGACUUGCAGCAGACCUCAGAUGAUGUUUUGGAUACAAAUAUUUUUACCUGCUUCUAUCAUUUCUAAGAAUGAACCUUAACAGUUUCUCUCUCUCUCUCUCUCUCUCUCUCUUUUUUAAUAAAUAUUUAAGCCAUAAUGGUUAAAAAAAAAUAAUCAUCUGAAUUUAUUUAAUGAAUAAAUUUUAUUACU